AUGACCGGCCAGACCGGGAAGCCCAAAGACCAACACGAAUACGAAACCGAAAAUACCAUCCAACCAACUCUGACGGAUCGCCUGAACAAAUAUCUAUUGUGCGUCUAUUUGGAUCGUUUAAACGAAGAGGACAGCGACAGCCACAGUGGUAGUCGGCAAUUUGUUAGUGAAGACGACGCGGCCGACACCGAUACCGAAGAAGCGUUUACUGAUUGA